CUUGAUGAGAGCCAGAACACAGACGAUCUGAAGCAGCGUCACACUCUUCUGCUGGGAUUGAGUUCUUCUGAAACUGGACUUUAGAGAAAUGAUGCUCAUCUUUGGACUGAUGCUGCUGCAAACUGCUGCAUGUCUGGAUCAGUUCUGCAGUUUUGAUCAGUCUGAUCCCUGUUACACAGCUCUGGGACACAAACUCAAUCUGAUGAUGGUGCAGGACGCUAGUAAAUAUGACCUGAAGAUACAUAAGAGGAUAUACAACCCACAAGAUGAUCCACUUUGUAGAGUAAAGUAUGGCAGGAUGAGGGAAUGUGAUCUUUAUAAUAACAGACCUGAAGUGACAGUCAUUAAUGGGACUGUGAUAAUAAACCGUGUGAACAGAACAGAUUCAGGGAUUUACACAUUAACGCUCACUCACUCAGGCGGCUUAGAAACAUCUCGAGAUCUUCAAGUGAUUGUUGAAGGUCUGGAUCGGUUCUGCUGGUUUGAUCAGCCUGAUCCCUGUUAUGCAGCUCUGGGACACAAACUCAAUCUGCCAAUGGUGCUGGAUGAUAGUGUAUAUGACCUUAAGUUAAAAAGGAUAAGAAACAUAAACACACAAGAUGGUCCAGAUUGUAGAAUAAAAUGUGGCAGCAAGAAGAAAUGUGAUCUUUAUAAUAACAGACCUGAAGUGACAGUCAUUAAUGGGACUCUGAUAAUAAACCGUGUGAUCAGAGCAGAUUCAGGGAAUUACACAUUAGCUCUCACUCAUCAGGAAUGGGGCGUAGACCCUUCUAAACAUCUUCAAGUGAUUGUUGAAGCUCCUACUGGCUCAGUGGAAGUGUCAAUCAUCUGCUCCUCCAGUGGGGUGAUGAGGGUGUUCUGCUCCUCUGAGGGAGAUCAGCUCCUCUACAGCUGGACUCUGAAUGGAGAUCCACUGAUGGAUGGAAACAGCAGCAUUGAUCUGGAUGAGGAAACUGAUGGAGACAUCAGCUGCAGCGUGAAGAACCACGUCAGUCACACACAGAAGACCAUUAGACUCAAACCCUGUCCUGUGUCUGUGGUGUUUGUUGUGGUCUGGUGUCUUCAGCUGAUGUUUCUGUUCGGUCUGUUAGGAGCUUUUCACAUCUACAUGAGACACACAUCAGGAAAGAAACCAGAAGAUCAGAAAGUGAGGAUGAGAAGAUUUAGAGAAGGACAUGAACACACAGCAGAAGAUUCAUGAGAGCAGCAGCAGAUCAUCUCUAUUUAUUUUUAACGUUUAGCCACAAAUUUGUCUUUUUUUAUUAUUAUAAGCUCUCUGUGUUAUUACUGAAUAUGGAUAUACAAUUUUCUUUAAAACUGUAAAUUGAGUCAGUGUUGAAAUUAAAAUGAACUUUAAAAAGUUAAAUAAAAAUAAAAUGUUUUGAAACAGAACUGUAUUUCCAGGCAGAAGUCACAAUAUUAUUUUUAAGAGGGUUUAUGCAAUACAGUCAAUUUUCAUAUUCAUCAACAGAAAGCAAACAUAAAAAAAUUAAUAAAUAAAAAAUAAAUCCAGACAGAAAUCAAAUUUUGUCCAGCUAUAACUGAAGGACACUGACACCUCAUAUAUUUUCAGUAUUGGAUGAUUUGUUAAUUGCAUUUAGUAAAUAAUACUUUCAAUAAAACAUUUGCAAUUUGUUGUAAAA